AUGUUCAUUCAAACUCUCGUUGUGACUCUCUUCCCAGCCAUAGCCCUAGCGGUCCCAGCUACACAAACAACCUCCAACAGCGAAGAAGAUGCCAGCGGAAUAUUCAAUAUCCCAGCCCCAAUUGAAUCCGCCUGCAUCCAAGCUAUCCCGACUGCCUGGAUCUCAUCUCUAGCAGACCCUGCAUUUGCAUCCGCCGUACUUGCUGAAGAGGAACCAGGCAUUGAACCGUCAUGGUACAGCAACGAGCCUGACAGUGUGAAGGAAUAUUUAACAACACGCAGUGAAGCUAUUGAUGCAUACUACGCUAGCGCAUCUUCAGUCUAUUGUGCUACGGCUACUGUCUUGGAUAUCUCUGGAACCGCCCUUGCACUUUGUACUGCUGGCAGUGGUGCGGAUAGUAACUCGGGAUCAAUUAUCACCUCUACUCCGGUCUCUGCCAAAGCUUCUACCUCGAGUGCUCAGCUGGGUUCGACUUCCACUGGUGGUGUUCCCGCUGCCACUGCGGGCAUUGCCAUGAGCCUUGCUGGUACCAUGGCCCUUUUGGGUCUCGCUGUCGCCUUGUGA